GGACGGGGUUGCCCAAGACCUAAGGCCGGGGGCGGUCCCGGGAGCUGAAAGGGCUGGGGUGGGGACGGAGGCGGGCUGCCGGCCUGGGAGUCUGGAGCCCUGGGUUCCGGGAUUCCCCCCUGCGCGACCUUGGACAAGUCCCUCCUCUUGUCUGGGUCUCAGUUUCCCUGCUGUCAAAUGGGAGAGACGUUGGAUCUUUCCCUCCUUUGACGGUCCAAGCACGGGCAGGUCUGGAAGGAGCCUGAGUGGGGUCCAGACUGCCGUGGCAGGACAGAAUGCUUUGAUCUCCAAGCUGUUUUAAAUCUAGUAGAUAAGCCAGAUACCGUGUUGCCGUAAGCCCUUGGCCCACAUUAAAGUGGAAAUGCAGCUUGCUUGGAUGUCUGGAACUUUUUAGGCACCUGUCUCUCAAUUCCUGCUUGCUGGCAUAAGACGUGCUGUGGUGGUUUAAGAGUUGGUCAUCCGUGAAGAAUAGCCACGCAGCAAAAAUGUUUGCAAAACUAAAGAAGAAAAUUGCAGAAGAGACUGCUGUCUCCCAGAGGCCAGGAGGUGCUACUAGGAUCCCACGGUCGGUGAGCAAGGAAUCGGUUGCCUCCAUGGGAGCUGACUCAGGAGAUGACUUUGCCUCCGAUGGAAGCAGCUCCAGAGAAGACCUUUCGUCCCAGCUUUUGAGGAGGAACGAACAGAUACGGAAAUUAGAGGCCAGACUUUCUGACUAUGCUGAACAGGUCCGAAACUUGCAGAAGAUAAAAGAGAAGCUUGAAAUUGCGUUAGAAAAACACCAGGAUUCUUCCAUGCGGAAAUUUCAAGAGCAGAAUGAGACAUUCCAAGCCAACAGAGCCAAAAUGGCAGAAGGACUGGCUUUGGCAUUAGCCAGAAAGGACCAGGAAUGGUCAGAAAAAAUGGAUCAGCUUGAAAAGGAGAAAAGGUUUCUGACAGCUCAGUUACAGGAAAUGAAGAGCCAGAGUUUGAAUCUUUUCCAAAGGAGAGAUGAAAUGGAUGAAUUAGAGGGCUUCCAGCAGCAGGAACUGAGUAAAGUAAAGCACAUGCUUUUAAAGAAAGAAGAAAGUCUGGGGAAAAUGGAGCAAGAGUUGGAGGCGCGAACCAGAGAACUUAGUUGCACCCAGGAGGAGUUGAUGACCUCCAGUCGGAUGUCAUCGGACUUAAGCCGGAAGCUGGAGGAGCUGCAGAGACGCUGCUCGACGCUGGAAGAGCAGAGAGAUCAUGUGACAGCUUCAAAAACAGGUGCAGAAAAUAAGAUCACAGCCCUGGAGCAAAAGGAACAAGAGCUCCAAGCAUUCAUUCAGCAGCUUUCUGUUGAUUUGCAAAAGGUCACUGCUGAAACUCAAGAGAAAGAAAAACUCAUCACACAUUUGCAGGAGAAGGUUGCUUCCUUGGAGAAGAGACUGGAGCAGAACUUAUCAGGAGAAGAGCAUGUGCAGGAACUCCUGAAAGAGAAAACAGUUGCCGAGCAGAAUUUGGAGGAUACCAGACAGCAGCUCUUAGCAGCCAGAAGCAGCCAGGCCAAGGCCAUUGACAUCCUGCAGACUCGGGUGAGAGAACUAGAGCAGAGCCUGCAGGCGUCUGAGGAGAAGCUGAAACAGAGCAGUGACAUCAUGGCAACUCAAGAAGCUCAGAUUCAGGAGCUUGCUGCCGCAAACAAGGAGAGCAGCCGUGCUCAGCAGCAGGUGCUCGCUCUGGAGCAGCAGUGCACAGAGCGCAUCCACGUGCUGGAGGCCCAGCUCGCUGCCCUGGAGAGAGCUCGGGCAGCCGAGCAGACAGCUGCACAGCGGGAGGCGAGAGAGCUGGAGCAAGAAAAUGCAGCCCUUAAAGAAAGUAAGAAUGAAUGUGAAUGUUCUUUACAGCAUCACCAACUUGAACUAAAGAAGCUAAAGGAAGAGUGGAGCCAGAGAGAAAUCGUGAGUGUGGCGAUGGCUCAAGCCCUGGAGGAGGUGCGGAAGCAGAGGGAGGAGCUCCAGCAACAGGCUGCUAACCUGACGGCUGCAGUAGAGGAGAAGGAGCAGAGUCUGCAGGAGAAAAUGGAAGUGAUUCUCCAGAAAGAGCAGGAGAUUCUCCUGCUGAAGACAGGUCACGACUCGGCCCUGCUGCAGACGCACCAGCUGCAGAGCGAGCUGGAGGCCCUGCGGAGCCUGCGGGCGGAGGAGCUGCUGCCAGGCCAGGAGCAGGGGCCGGCGCUCUCAGCCAGCGAGCCUCACGUAACCUUGAGGGCCAUGCAGGACCCCACGUACCAGCUUCCAGCUGCAGAGGGAGUACCAAAUGGUGAGGUGGGGGCAAUGGAUCUGGGGCAGCUACAGAAGGAAAAGCAGGGCUUGGAGCAGCAACUUCUAGAGAAAAAUAAGACCAUAAAGCAGAUGCAGCAGAGGAUGCUGGAGCUCAGAAAGACGCUGCAGAAGGAACUGAAAAUCAGACCUGAUAACGAACUUUUUGAAGUCCGAGAGAAGCCCGGCCCUGAGAUGCCAAACAUGGCCCCUUCUGUCACGAAUACCGCUGACCUGACUGACGCCCGUGAGAUCAACUUCGAGUACCUUAAACACGUGGUUUUAAAAUUCAUGUCCUGUCGUGAAUCUGAGGCUUUUCAUCUGAUAAAAGCUGUGUCGGUGUUGCUGAACUUUUCACAAGAGGAAGAGAACAUGCUCAAAGAAACCCUGGAGUACAAGAUGUCGUGGUUUGGGUCCAAGCCAGCUCCCAAGGGCAGCAUCCGGCCAUCCAUCUCCAACCCUCGGAUACCGUGGUCCUAGGUGGAACUACCCAAGGAUGGAGCUCCAUGGGCUGACACUCUUUCUGUGAAAAGAACACUGACACACCAGUCUGGGUGGGUUUUUAAUCACUGUAACUGCAGUAUUUUGUACAAGCAUCUAAACACUGUUUACAAGACCUAAGGCCCACUUCCCUGCAGCCUGAUCUGAACCUCAGGAGGCAGCUCAUCCUGUUAUCUGGUCACCAAAUGGGAGGGUCCCAGCACUACCCACGUUUCCACAGCGCUGCUCACACCCCAGCCCUGGCUGGCGUCAUCUGCACCUGAGUCCUCUAACUUCUAAUGUUACACUUCAAGCUGAAGCCAUCGGCCUCUGUCAGAGGCGGCAGUUGAUCCAUCAUGGGAUGGGAUGACGCUGGAUGGAAGGACAGCCCUUUGCAAUGGUGCCCAGCAGGCCAGGCCCACCUGCCUCUGCCACGAAGAACCAACGAUGGGGGUGGCUUUAAAACUUCCCCUUCCUGUUAGCAUGUUUGGGUUCAGAUGAGUUAGAAGAGGCUUUUCAACCCUUCCUCUCAAGGAAACAUUAUUUCACCUUGUUUCUCAAACCACCUAGAACUUUAGAUGUGUCCAUCUUCAAGGUACUCUGGGACCAGUGUGGAUUAACGAAUAUGCAACUUUUUGACAGUAUCUCCUUUUACUGAAGAAAACUAGCAAAUAUGUAAAAAGAUCCUUAGUACCAAAUACACUCAAUUGCCUUUUUAAUGAAUGUAUUAUCUUGGCUAGGUUGCUGGUAAACCAUUUUAAACUAUUUUUUAUAGCUAAAGUUCUUCGCUAUUAUUAUAAACGUCUUCUGUAUUAUAAAAUCCAUUUAGCUGGUGUUCUUAAAGGAAGAUCAGAGGAUCAGGAGGAAAUUAUUUCUAAGAUUGGGAUUCCUGUCCCUUUGGCAUUUUGCUACCAUUCUGCAGUAUCCGCUGAAGCAGCGGUGGUAUUUAAUUUGCUUUGCUCUUUAAUUCUGCGUCGUAACACUGAGCACAUGCUAAUCACAUGUUUUCUGCUGUCCCUCCUCCAGCCUCGACCAAAACCUCGGAGGUGGUCUGCCUGUAUGUGGAGCCACCGGCUCUCUCCCUCACCCUCCCUGCGAUUAUUUAGGAUGACACUACAUUCAUAUAUGACACCCAGACAGCCCCCGGCUGGCUGCAGUACCCGAUAGCAUGCAGAUGGUUCUGGGAGCGACUGACAAAACCUGUAUUCAUUGUUGCUAAGGAAAAGGGAACAUGCUUGCUCUGGAUAAGCCGUAAUAUUGAAUCUAAAGGGAAACCACUUAUUGAUUUAUAGUUUGAUGAAAGUUUCACUGGUUAAAUAAAAAACUGAAUUAAUAACUGGAGCUCCUAGAUUUACGAUCAGUUAUCCAGUGAUGUAAAGUUGUUUCUCAGUUAUACUUAAGGUUAAAAUACCUCUCACAGAAAAACAAGAAUGUGCAGAGUUGACCUACUACAUUUCCACAGACCCAGAAGUACCAAGCAAGGGGGGUAGCAUCUUCAUCCCACCUUGGGCUCUGUGCCAUCCAGGUGACCCAUUCUUCAGUUACCUGGCUCCUCCCUGCAGAUGUCUGUCCUUUGUUUAGAACGCUAUUUUCCAUUGACCUGGUAGGGACACCAAACAGGAGGCCCUCCUGUGCUGUGAGUUUGAUAAGAGGUAGCUUUUCCAGCCGUCCCAGGGGCGAAUCCCUAAGAUCGGAUUGUUCGGGGCUCCCAGCGGCAGCUACAGCACAGCUGUGGGAGCCCCGUCCAGCUCCUGAGGCCUCUCCAGCCCUUGAGCCAGCCUCACCGUCCCCGCCACGCCCCCCCGGCACUGUCGGUGAACUUGUGGGGCCCAUCACUAAGCCUGCACUUGCUGGGGAGGAUUCCUCCUGACCAGGCUUUCCUCCUGCAUGUUGAGUUACCUUCAGCUUUAAGAGGAAGAGUGGAGUAAAUAUUCUAAGCGAUUGAAUGCACUUUUACCUGUAUAAAACGUGCUGUGACACAGUAUAUAUAGCCCUUUCUAUGAGCUCUGGAUCUUGCUCACUCCCUCCAUGUUGUAAAUAGGGAUUAUAUUAUCUAAAACUGCUGUAGAAAAUUCCUUUGUGGUGCAAUACACUUUUUGAUUAAAGCUCUUCAAUCCAGAUGCA